AUGGUGGCUAAGGAUAGCAAAAAAGAUUUAGGAGUUAAGGAGGAAUCAAUGAAUCCUUAUGAAAAACCACCAGAAAUAUCAGCACGUCAAUCAUUUAAAAACUUUUUUUACAACAAAGAAACUGGAGCCAUCAUGGGCCGGACACCCAGCAGUUGGGGAAAAGUUGGAUUAUUUUAUUUGAUAUUUUAUGGAGUACUUGCUGCAUUGGUAGCAAUAUGCUUUUGGUUUUUUUUCCAAACUCUUGAUAUGAGAAUACCUAAAUGGCAAUUAGAAGGUUCAAUUAUUGGAACAAAUCCAGGUCUGGGAUUUAGACCAAUGCCACCAUCGUCUAAUGUUGAAAGUACUUUGAUUUGGUUCAAGGGAACAGAUCCAGAAAAUUACAAGCACUGGGUUGAUGAAUUGACUGAGUUUUUAGGAGAGUACAAGAAAUUGGGAUCGACAGCUGGUCUAGGUGCUCAUAUAACAGAUUGUGAUUAUCAUAAAUUACCAGUUCCUGAUCAAGUUUGUGUUGUAAAUGUACGACAAUGGCAUCCAUGUACACAAGAAAAUUUCUUUGGUUAUCAUAAAUCUGGUCCAUGUGUUUUUAUAAAACUCAAUAAGAUUUAUGGCUGGAGACCAGAAUAUUAUACAUCAGUUGACCAAUUGCCGGAUAAAAUGCCCCGUGAUUUAAAAACAAUAAUUGGUAAUUUAACUGCACGUCAAUCAAAACAAUUGAAUACUAUUUGGGUGUCUUGCCAAGGAGAAAAUCCAGCAGAUGAAGAAAAUAUUGGACCAGUUAAAUAUAUUCCACAGCAAGGAUUUCCAGGAUACUAUUAUCCUUAUGAAAAUACUGAAGGUUAUCUCAGUCCAUUAGUUGCCGUUCAUUUUGAAAGACCAAAAACUGGAAUUCUUAUUAAUGUCGAGUGCAAAGCUUGGGCGAGAAAUAUAAAACAUAAUCGUAAUGAUAAAAUCGGAUCAGUUCACUUUGAACUUUUAAUUGACUAAAAUCAUUAUUAUUAUUAUUAUUAUUAUUAUUAAUAUU